CACCCCUUUGCUGCAGACGGAUCGUGCAGGAGUGCUCAGGUGUAAACAAAUCUACAAUCUAGCCAUUUGUUCUCAAAAGAUACCAUGAUCAUAUGAAUGGAAAUCAUACGUCGCCUUAGGAAACCAUCACGAAGGAAAGCGCGUGAAUUACGUCGUUAACUGUUUAACAAUGCCGCUCAACACAUCACCGCCGUGGUUGUUAGGUGAAGCGUUAUCAUAAACUGUAUGAUAUUCCUGAAUAAUUGUCGUUAACGAUGGCGACACCUGCAGAACAGGACCUUGUGUUGGCAGAAGCAGAGAGCAACAAAGAGAGAGCGCAAGUGUUCGGUAUCCUCAGAUUGCAGGAGGAUAAAUCGGCCGCUGAGAAAGUGAGCGGCGCUGCCAUGAAAUCUGGAGACGGGAGAUGGCAGGCGCCUAUAUUCGCGUUAGCCAGAAAAGCGUCAGAAACCUUCUCCGGUGGCAUUCACGUCUUGCCCAAAGUGACAGAGCCGAAAACGUCGACUUUUCCCGAGGAAUGGGGUGCCAAGGCCUUUCGAGAUCCUAUGGCAAUGGAACGAGCAAACUUGCUUAAUAUGGCUAAGCUCAGCAUCAAAGGCCUGAUCGAGUCGGCUCUGAGCUUUGGGCGAACUCUGGACUCUGACUAUCCGCCUCUGCAACAGUUCUUUGUUGUCAUGGAGCACUGCCUGAAACACGGUCUCAAAGUGAAGAAAUCGUUUCUUGGAUACAACAAGUCAUUGUGGGGGCCUCUGGAGAUGGUCGAGAAGCUCUGCCCAGAAGCAGGCGAAAUCGCAGCCAGUGUACGAGACCUUCCUGGCCUUAAGACGCCUCUGGGCAGAGCCAGAGCAUGGCUAAGGCUGGCAUUGAUGCAGAAGAAAUUAGCGGAUUACCUACGUCUCCUCAUCACCAGGAAAGAUAUACUUAGUGAGUUCUAUGAGAACUCGGCAGUGAUGCUGGAGGAGGAGGGAGCCGUCAUCGUUGGUCUCCUGGUGGGACUUAACGUCAUAGAUGCCAACUUAUGUGUGAAGGGCGAGGACCUCGAUACACAAGUUGGUGUAAUAGACUUCUCCAUGUACUUGAAAAAUGACAUUGAUGAUGACUACAGAAGUGAAGAAAGAAAUGGACAAAUUUCAGCUAUUUUGGAUCAGAAGAACUAUGUUGAAGAAUUAAAUAGGCAGCUGAAUUCUACAGUUCAAGGCUUACAGGGACGUGUGGAGUCCUUAGAAAAAUCCAACUCCAAACUCAUCGAAGAGUUGGCAAUAGCAAAAAACAAUAUAAUUAAAUUACAGGAAGAGAACCACCAACUCAGAACAGAAAAUUCAGUCAUUCUUAUGAAAGCACAACAGCGUCUUGAGAUUGCAGAAGGAGAUUUGAACUGUGAGCUUGACACGUACAAGCAGUCAAGGCAGGGCCUGGAUGAAAUGUACAAUGAGGCAAGACGCCAACUCAAAGAGGAAUGUCAACUCAGGCAGGACGUGGAGAACGAACUGGUUGUGCAGGUGAGCAUGAAGCAGGAGAUGGAAAUGGCCAUGAAACUGUUAGAAAAGGACAUCCAUGAAAAGCAAGACACUCUGAUUGGACUUCGGCACCAAUUAGAUGAAGUUAAAUCCAUCAAUGUGGAGAUGUACCAAAAAAUGCAGUCUUCAGAUGACAGCAUGAGACAAAAAAAUGACAUGAUCGCACGGUUGGAGGAGAAGACCAAUCAGAUAACGGCGACUAUGAAACAACUAGAACAAAGAUUGCAGGAUGCCGAGAGGGAACGUGCCGGUGCCGAAGACGGGGUGCGCAAAUUCAAGCAGGACUUCACAAACAAAGCUGACAGUCUCCAAAAGCAGAUUGCCCAGAGAGAGAAACAAAUGAUGCAGCUGGAAACAGACAUGAAAAUAGAGAGGGACUGGCGGCAGACGUUACAGAAUGAAUUAGAAAGAGAACGAGAGACCAUCGCACAACUCACUGCUGAAGCACAGCAAAUCAACGGACUCAAAAAAGAGUUUCACAGGUUGCAGGAUGAGAAUACGCAGCUGAAGGGAAUUUGUGAAGAGCAGGAACAGGCGCUGGAGGAGCUGGGCUGCAAACUCAGCGAGUCAAAGUUGAAAAUCGAAGAUAUAAAAGAAGCCAACAAGGCACUUCAGGGUGGACAGGUUUGGCUGAAGGACAAAGAUGCUACGCAUUGCAAGCUUUGUGAGAAGGAAUUUUCAAUCUCCAGGAGAAAGCACCACUGCAGGAACUGUGGAGAGAUCUUCUGCAAUGCCUGCUCGGAUAAUGAGCUGCCGCUCCCUGCUUCACCCAAACCCGUGAGAGUCUGCGACACCUGCCACGCUCUGCUCCUCCAGCGCUGCUCCUCCAAUGCCACGAAUGUCCAGUACCUUCGAUGUAACGAUGACCCAUGUAUUUACGAUCUUUUGCCAAAGCCUUUUUAAAGUCCUCUGAUGUCUUCAGCUCUACAAACGCCUCUCCACUCGGCCUUCCCUCUUUGGAGAAGGUAAAAC